UUGAGUAGCUCUUUCCAUGCAAACACGAAAAUCCCCUAGAAGCCAAAGUUAAAUCUUUGCAUCGCUUUUGUCGCUUGGGCUUUUAUUUUAUUCCGUUGCUCGAUUGUUAAAUUGUGUGAUUUUGGGCGAAGACCGCCUUGAAAAAAGUUCGUUUUCUGUUUACGAGUCUGUGUGUUGCAAUCUGUGUUCGUGUGUGCGAGCGAAAAAGCGAUAGAAAAAGUUUCAAACGAAAAAGAACAAAGGCUAGGGAAACUGUUUACUAAAAUUUGGCUAAACAAUUGCCAAAAGUGUUCGCCAGGCACUUCAAUUAAUAUUAAAAUCCCCGGAGGAAAAGGCGAAAAAAUCGUCUCGCGCGCAUUUUUAACAUUUUCACUCAGUGAGCGAGAGAGCGAGAUCAAAUAGUGAGAGUCAGAGAGAGAGAGGCGGAGUUGCUGAAUAACCAAAAGAACACGAAUUCAGCAAGAGAGUGAGAGAGAGAGAGCGGUCGAAUUUUUACCCUCUCUCAGCACACAAAUAAAAGAGCUCCCCAGUUCGUUGAUUUGUUUGUUUUUAGUGUUAAAAACAUUUUUAAAAAGAGGCCUACCGAAAGGCCUGAAAAACCAAGCACACCUUAGCUACAUGUUGUAUGUUUGUGUGUAAUUGCAAGUGAAACUCAUUGCGAGGGAAGCUGGGAAAAAUAGAGAGAACCCAAUUAACUGUUGUUUGCACACACAGAGAAACCAGUCCACCGUGUGUUAAUGUGUGUAUAUCUAAUAAGAAGAAGCACCAGCGGUGAGAGGAAAAACAAAAAUUCCCAUCAGCUUUGAGCUCAGCAAACAAAUACAAACAAAAAAUAUUAAUAAAAUUGCCAAAUCAAAAUUGAGUCAAACAAAUACAUAUCGCUUUGAAGACUUAGACUGUAAAUAUUAAAUAUCAAAUAUCAGUAACGGUAAACGAAUUGCAUUCAACUACCGUAAUAUCGAUAAUGAAAACAGAAACAGGCAGCAACAACAGCAAUAUUAAUAAUAAUAACAAUAAUAUCAUUGUCAAAAUGGAUUUCGAUAUGUAUCCAAGUAUUUCGGGCAAGCAACAGGAUCCCGUUCGCGAAGUCGUUAUGAAAUAUAUUGAUUAUUUUCUGCCAGAUGCAUCUGGAACAAGUGCAGUUGCGAUUGACAACAAAAUCGAACAGGCAAUGGAUCUGGUCAAGUCGCAUCUCAUGAUUGCGGUGCGCGAGGAGGUGGAGGUUCUAAAAGAGCGCAUCUCCGAGCUAAUGGACAAGAUCAACAAGCUUGAGGUUGAGAAUACCAUUCUCAAGUCGCACAUACCGCAGGAGACGCUGCAGCAGAUCCAGAUGCAGCUUCAGAUUGCUGGAAGCCAACAGCCGGCGGCCGUGGCCGCCCCACCGGCCACCCCAGCCAUUCAGGCACCACCGCCGACAUCUGCUCCAAAUGCCGCAGGACAGGCAGCAGCAGUGGCUGCAGCAGCAGCGGCGGCGGCAGGAGCCAUCUCUGCUGUGGUGGUGGGCAGCACCGGAGGAGCACCGGUGCCACUAGUCCAGCGUCCGUGGCGGCGCCCACGAGCAUUCCCAAUGGCAGUGCCGAGAACGGAACCGCCGUCCCAGCGGUUAGCAGCGGCAGCGGCAACAACAGCGAUGCAUCCGUCGUGGAGCAGGUCACAGUAGCAGCAGCGGUAGCAGCGGUACCCACAGUCAACGGUCCCAUGUCCUAAGCUGGGCAAGAAGCUCACACCUAACUCGGUAGUGUUUGUUUUUUAAGGCCCACUUCGGAUGGGCUUGAAUAAUGAACGUCGUUUUUUUUUGAUAAGAAUGAAAACACCUUGUAAUGUUAA